AUGAAAUCCUUUGACCUUAUCGCUAAGCUAUUUUUCGUGAGCGCUGUUUCCUCUUAUGCCAUCCAUAAAGAGGUGAAGAGAGACGACGGCCAGCAAGAUUCAGUCGCAAAAAAUAGUUACAGUUAUGCUGCAUGCCAAUACCUGACUGAUAAUGUUUUAGAAGGAUGUCCAGACAACACAUUGGUGGUUGAUGGCAGCGGAACCAAUCUGUCUUACUUCAAAACAAUUCAAAGUGCUGUUGAUACCAUCGCUUAUGAUAGUCCUUUAGAUUAUACCAUUUUGAUUUUGCCUGGAAUAUAUAAUGAGCAGGUGAAUGUGACCCAGAAAACCCCUAUCACAUUACUUGGGGUUACCAACAAUACUUUGUCAGCUGCUAGCAAUCAAGUCACUAUUUAUCGACAAGCUGCUAAUCACAAUGCAUCAUAUUCUGAUAAUGUUUAUACUGCUAAUUUGAUCGUUGCCCCAACAUAUAACGCUUCGGCUACUGGUGCUGGUCCUGCUGGUUAUCCAGUUGCCCCAAACACUCCUUGGGGGAAUAAAAAUUUCAGAGUAUAUAAUAUUGAUUUCGAUAACGACUAUGCUCCGUAUUCAAGCGGGCCAAGUUUGGUGCUUUCAACCGCGUACUCGUACACUUCUUUUUACAGAUGCGGGUUCUACUCUUAUCAAGACACCAUUUUUAUCGGGAAGCUUGGAUCAGCAUUCAUUACUGAAAGCAUAAUUGCCGGGCAAACAGAUUUCUUGUAUGGGUUUGGAACUCUUUGGAUUGACAAGUCUGAGUUACAAUUGCGAAGUUGUGGUGGUGGGAUAAUCGCUUGGAAAGGCAGCAAUAUGACCCAAAAUGGAGGCACUGGGACAUAUUCUAGUAAUAACUUUGGCUGUUACAUCAGUAACUCCCGCUUCGUUGCUUCCAAUGAAACAAUUUAUGAAAAUCUGAAGGGGAAAUGUUACCUUGGCAGAAAUUGGAAUAAUGGUCACAGAAGUGUAUUGAUUAAUAAUUACAUGGAUCAUACAAUUAACCCACAAGGAUACGUAAAAUGGACCAGCAAUUUGCCAUUGGAACUGACAGUUUUGUUUGGCGAGUUCAACUCCUAUGGUGAAGGUUUUAACGAAACAGCAAGAAUUCAAGGUAAUAUCACAACAGAGCUUACUUAUAGUGAUAUUGAAAAAAGCUAUAGCUUCACUAAGAUAUUUGGAUAUGAACUGGAAUGGAUUGAUUUCGAGACCUUGUGA